GAAUAUGCUAGAGCAACGGAGAAGGAUAAAGAGGUUGCCUAUUUUAGUGGAGGAUCAUAUCAGAUAAAAGGUAAAGCUAAUAGGGCUUCAUCUAUUGCUACUUGUCUAUUUACGGAGUCCUCUGCUUCUAGGAGAGGAUGUUCAAUCCUUCCUCUACCAGUCAAGGUGAGAAGGAUUGAUCCUUUUGGUGAUAAAAGUGUAAAGGAGAAAGGAAAUACAAUAGCCUAUUUUGAUUUUUUGAGAGACCUUAUAGGGGAAUUGGUGAGAUGCUCAAAGGAGGUGACCUAUUUGAAUGAGAAGUUAAAUGAGUUAGAGGCUAUUUUGGAGCAUGCUUUUGAGAAUAAACUGAGAGUUUCUGAUGACAACAAUGAGGAAUAA